AGUUGCCGCAUUAGAAGUAUGCCACAGAUUUCAAUUAAAGAUCAUUUGGUAGGCGCAUCGCUUUUUUCCCCGAACACUUUGGAGAAUACUGUGGUAAGUUUCCUGAUGACAAGUUGGAAACUACCUGCUUGGCUUAUCCCGAAUUAGAAAAAAGUCGUUUAAAGACAGAGUUGUCUGUUAUUUAUGCACGGAAUUAUUGCCGAGAUUUACAUGGAACUCUGUCUCUUUUGAAAUGUUUGAUACAAAAUAAAACAAAAAAGCUAUUAGAAAUUAUUCUUACAACUCCUAUGUCAUCAACAACUGAGGCUGAGCGA